CUCAAGUAUUUGUUGUUCCAAAAGAAUUGCCUGUCCACGUGUCUCCGCAGCGGGCGUACCAUUGGGACUUUGACACCGUAGCGGAUACGCUGAACUCGUGACGGUGAUCUACGAAGGAACUGCAGUGCCCGCUUCAACAUCUUUUACCGCAACAAUUCAAGUCGCAGUUGGCAGCGGAGGCACUCGGUCAGGGGAAGGUGGUGGAGCUGCAGCCAGGGCGUUCUUCUAGCAGCUCAUCGCUGAAUCCAUCGCCGUCUUCGAUCAACGCCGAGCGUAGAAGCAUCCUCGCGUCGUCCUAGAUGUCUCCGCUCUCUUGUGUCUCGGAAUCCUUUCAAAGUCAACAUCUGAUUCAGAUUGCCUUACCAAACUACAAACAUUCCUACAUCUCGAGGACAAUCUAUAAACGACGCAUCAUCACUUCCCAUACAAAAAUGAAGUCACUACACGAACCGCUGCUUUAGGCAGCUUCACGACUUCAGGCGAUGCUGCGCCGGGCGAUUCAGCGAGCGCGGCUGCAUCUACCGGCGCCCAUCGGUCACGACAACGGCGGUGGUGGAUCUUCCAGUGAUGAAGAAGACUUCCCUCUCAGCCCAAGCGUUGCCUACACUUCCUUACGCGACGAUGAAUCCGUCCGCGACCAUUUUCGCAAGCGCCCAGAGGAUGUUUCCGGUGUACAUUUGAUCAUCGCGGAGGGGAUAGUCAAAGCGAGGAAAGGACACGUGGCGGAGCUGUCCUUGGAUGAGCAGAGACGUGCUGCGGACGCCUGGAAUCGAUUGCAGACGCUCUAUGGGCUAUUCCAGGAGCUAGAAGCCGCCGCGGACGAGGACACAGAAGACAGCGAUACUGAGAGCGUUGAAGCGGAAGAAAGGGAGAAGAGAGGGCCAAAGGAGACUCGACGACGACGCAGACGUGAUGACGGACUGCGGUCGCUCCUGCAGGAGGUGCAACUGCCUCCCGGUGUGAUCUUCCGGGACCUACAGACAUUGUCGGUGACCGAUGGUAGUGACGACAAUGCCAUGCCCCAGGGAUUCACAGCCGGCAUGUUUGCGGCACUGGGCAAUGCCAUGUACAAAGAGAUGCUCGUGGCGGCGGAGCAGAAUCGAAUCAGCCCCGACGCGUUCGAGGAACUCGGCAACUGCCUCUACGCCGAAGCGGCGAGUGUGGCAGUGUCGGCGACGGCGUAGGUGGAGGUGAUGGUUGCCGUGAUAAGUUAGCUAUGGUAUGACUAGUUUCUUUAUUUUAUUGCUCGGUGGUGUGGAGUAUCACCUCAAAAACCAAAUGAAAAGGCCCAAAUAAUGUGCAUGUAUCAAGACUUUGUUACC